AUGAGGGCUGGCCCUGUCUUUGGCCGGCUUUGCGGGCGCACUUUGUUUCGGCCGUAUGCGCUGCGCCAAACUAUAUAUCGGAGUAGUGCUGAAUCGUGUAAUUGGAUUCAUACAACGAGAUUUACAGCGUGGAAAGGAAAGUCAAGAAGUCGAAUCUCGCUGCAUGCCUCGGCCGGUGUAGCUACACUAGGAACCGGAGCUUUUGUUCAGCUGUUACAGACGGAUAAUGGAGACACUCAUGAGACGGGCGAGUCUCGCAUGCUGGAAGCAUCCAGAGCUGAGAUCCGGAGGUCCAUUGAUGAUGAGGACCGGGGACUAUCUCGGAUUAUACACGAGAUCGUCCUCAUCUGGGACACUUAUAUCUUGGAGCCAAUCUGUACUGGAGCCAGGUUUUUACACCUGAUGGUUAUCUUCGUACCCGUCAUUCUUUCGGUUCCUGUAAUCUGGUUUGGCCGGCGGCAGCCUGAUAAAGAUGGCGAACGAAGCGGCACCCUUUGGUGGUAUGGCUUCCUUGUGCAAUCCAUGGAAUGGGCAGGCCCGGCCUUUAUCAAACUCGGACAGUGGGCGGCAUCGAGAACGGACAUCUUCCCCACGGCCAUGUGCGAUACAAUGUCGAAGCUGCACUCGAAUGCUCCGGCCCAUUCAAUGCGUGUCACUCGUAAGACGGUCGAGGCUGCAUUCAAUGGACGCAAGUUUGAGGACAUAUUUGACGAAUUCUACGAAACGCCGCUUGGUGUUGGCGCAAUUGCGCAGGUGUACAAAGCAAAACUCAAGCCUGACCUCGCAGCACCACAAGAUCUCGAGGCUGAUUCGGGGGGACAUGGGCUACUAUCUCAGAAUGUAAAGCAUCAAGUGCGGACUGUCUUGAAAAGCUCUCCAAAGCAGGUCCCAUCAACCUACGUCGCAGUCAAGGUACUGCAUCCUAAUGUCGAGCGCAUAGUGCGACGAGACUUGAAGAUUAUGGGCUUCUUUGCUUCAAUACUGAACGCCAUCCCUACGAUUGAAUGGCUAUCUCUACCGGAUGAAGUUGCUCAGUUUGGCCAAAUGAUGAAGCUUCAGCUAGACUUGCGAAUAGAAGCUGCCAAUUUGGAGACUUUCAGAAAGAACUUCAAGGACAGGACGACUGCCUCGUUCCCUUUCCCCUAUUCAGAGUUCACCACCCGCAAUGUUCUUAUUGAGGAAUUUGCUCAAGGCAUACCCCUCGCAGUCUUCAUGGAGAGCGGGGGCGGUGUCUUCCAGCAUGAUAUCGCCAAUGAGGGAUUGGACGCUUUUCUCCGAAUGCUGCUGCUGGAUAAUUUCGUCCACGCUGAUCUGCACCCGGGCAAUAUCAUGGUCCGCUUCUAUCAAUCCGCGCAACCAAAUCUUCGACUACGCCUGAAAACAUCUAAAACGCCGCCUGCCUCAGAUGACGACCAGCUGGACGUCACAGAAAAGGUCUUGGAACGAUUACGCCCCUAUCGACACCGCAAGGAUAGGUCAGCAUGGGAAGCAGAACUAGCCAAAAUUGAUGCGGAGGGAUAUCGUCCACAGUUGGUCUUUAUAGACACGGGACUUGUAACGGAGUUGAAUGCGCCUAAUCGCGACAAUUUCCUGGCCUUGUUUCGAGCUGUCGCCGAGUUUAACGGCUACAAGGCCGGCCAUCUCAUGUGCGAGCGCUGUCGCCAGCCCGAGGCCGUCAUCGACAAGGAAGUGUUUGCUCUCAAAAUGCAACAUUUAGUUCUCAGCGUCAAAAGCCGCACCCUCGCACUCGGCAACGUCAAGAUUGGCGACAUCUUGCAGGACGUUCUCUCCAUGGUCCGCAGCCAUCACGUCCGCCUAGAGGGCGAUUUUGUCAAUGUCGUCAUUAGCAUUCUCCUUCUUGAAGGCAUCGGUCGAAGCCUAAACCCUGACGUCGAUCUGCUGAGCAGUUCUCUUCCGAUUUUGAGACAGCUAAGCGCCCAAAGUGGUGCAGACAUGGCGAAACACGGCGAUUUUUCGAUGAUUAUGCUAUGGGUGGGCUUGGAAACGAGAAAGUUCCUGCAAGCCAGUGUCGACGAUGUGGAACGAUGUGUCAAAUACGAUCUCCUCUCACCCAAUGUAUAA